AUGUCAACAUAUUUCGAGCAACCAGGGCGUUGGAACAGUUCAGUAUUGCCUAAGCGCAGCCCGGUGACUUCUGUAGGCUCCGACUUUACACCCAUCUUCGAAGACACUGUCUUGUCGCUGCUACCAUCGGCACUUUUGUUACUAAUCCUACCGUAUCGCAUCGCAUGCCUUCAUGGUCAGCAGCCGAAAGUCCUUCCCGGAGGCUUUCUGCGCGAAAGCAAGUUCAUCUUCUUAGCCACAUUGGCUGCCACUCACCUCGCGCUGUUGAUCUUCCACAUCCUGAGCCCAUCACUCCGCACGCCCGCCACUCUUCCCGAGUCCGCCAUAACAUUUGUUGCCAGUCUAGGCCUUUGUCUACUUUCGCGGCUGGAACAUGCUCGCUCCGUCCGCCCAUCGGCCAUCAUCAAUGGCUACAUCCUUCUGACUUUGGUGUUUGACGCUGCCCGCGUGCGAAGCUUGUUCCGCGCUUCAGCCGCCAGUUCCCUUUCUGGAGUAUUCUCUAGCAUGAUCGCCGUGAAGGUAAUGGUUCUACUGGCAGAGGCAGUGGAAAAGCGACAGAUUCUCCUGCCGCCGUACCGAGGCUUGUCGCCAGAGGAAACGAGUGGCAUUUACAGCCGAUCCUUCUUCUUCUGGCUGAGCCAACUCAUGAUAUCGGGUUUUCACAGUGACCUUCAGAACGAAGACUUGUAUCCCAUCGAUAAGAACAUGUCCUCACAAUUCCUUCAACAGCGCAUUAAAAAUGCGUGGAAUGUGGCGGCACAGAACAAGCCGCGAGCCCUGCUCUGGACAGUGCUACAUGCGAACCUGAGACCAUUUCUUUAUUGUGUUCUUCCCCGUUUGGUUCAGAUUGGGUUCAAAUAUACCCAGCCCCUCUUGUUAACCCGCACCGUCAGCUUUGCGAACGAUGAGAGCCAACCUGAAAGUAUAGGAUGGGGUCUAACGGGCGCUUUUUUCCUCGUGCUCCUCGGGGUCGCUCUGUCGAAUGGCGUGUUUUACCACAUGACCUUUCGCUUCGUGACCAGUGCUCGUGGGAGUUUGAUCAGUAUCAUCUAUGCCAAAACGCUGGAUCUGGACAUCACGGCUCUCGAUGAAUCAGUUGCAGUGACACUCAUGUCCAGUGACGUUCAAUCCAUUUGCAACGGGCUGCAGCUGAUUCAUGAUCUCUGGGCGGUACCCCUAGAACUGGCUAUUGUAGUCUAUCUCUUAGCGCAGGAGAUCAAGAUGGCAGCGAUAGUCCCGGCUGGCUUGGCAAUUUUCUGCACUGCCGCUAUUCUGUCCAUGGCUAAAUACAUGAGCAACGCACAGAAAGUCUGGAUGAAAAGCAUUCAGACGCGAGUCGAUGUUACGGCAACCAUGCUAGGGUCUAUGAAGGCAGUUAAAAUGCUGGGUUUCACCGACUGGCUCUCGCGAAACAUACAACAGCUUCGUGUUCAUGAGCUUCACGAGGCGAAGCUAUUUCGACGGUUGCUCGUAUUACGUGUAUUCCUUGCAAAUAGUCUCAGGUUCCUCGCCCCACCAGUUACGUUAGCCAUCUACGCGUUAGGAGCCAAAGAGGGACAGGGAUUGAAUGUGGACUCAACCUAUUCGACACUGUCGCUGAUCUCGCUGGCUGCCUCACCCGUGAAUGUUUUCAUUCGAGCUCUCCCUGCCAUGAAUACUGCAUUGGCCUCGCUCACCCGUAUCCAAGAAUAUCUGCAAUCGGAGAGCAGACGGGAUUCUCGCAUCUUCACGGAAGAUCCUCGAGCCUCUGUCCAGGAAUCCCAGGCAACCUCGGAGAACAUAGAACUCGCAGGUAUGAGCAGCCCCGGACACCACAGUGCUGCGGAGGUAAUCACUGCCCGCGAUGUGAGCUUUUCAUGGAAUCAAUCAGCAUCUUUCUCGAUUCACAAUAUCAAUCUGACUUUUCACGAAAACCAAUUCUACUUCAUAAUCGGACCGGUGGGCUGCGGGAAGAGCACGCUCGUGAAGGGUAUUCUCGGCGAAACGCCUUCAACAAAGGGAUUAUUACACGCAAGACACCGAGAGGCGGCUUUCGUCGAUCAGACACCCUGGAUCUGCAAUAUGUCGUUCCGCGAUAAUGUUGUGGGCGCCUCCCCAUUCACCGAGACAUGGUAUCACCAGGUUGUCAGCGCAUGUGGACUGGACCAAGAUGUUGCUCAUCUUCCGCAUGGCCACGCUACUAAGGUUGGUUCAUCUGGUAUCUCCCUCUCCGGUGGACAGAAGCAAAGGCUGGCCCUGGCUCGUGCAGUGUAUGCACGCAAGAGGAUUGUCAUCCUCGAUGAUGUUCUGUCAGGAGUUGACCUAGACACCCAAGACCAUAUUAUGAGGAGCCUGUUUGCCAACCAGGGCCUCUUUCGUCGGCUGGGGACAACGGUAAUCAUGGCUACGCACUCUGUACACAGUAUCUCUUAUGCGGAUCAUGUCGUCGCCAUGCGAGGUGAUGGGUCUAUUGCGGAACAGGGUACACUAGAGGAUCUCGAGGCGAGUGACGGUUACAUGAGUACAUUGCGAGCCCAGUAUAAGGAUCGAACAACUAAGGAUUCUAGUUCGCAAACACAUACGCCCGUCAACGAUGCACAUACCGGCUCGGAACAAAGACAGCGGGCUGACACCGCCAGCCAGGAGAGGACCAGGCAGAGUGGAGACUGGACUCUUUACCUGUGGUAUUUUGGCACCGUGCACUGGGCAUCUACGGCUCUUUGGAUGAGUUCCUUCAUAUUGGAAGGCAUACUUCCCAAGAUGAGCGAAUGGUUGGUCAACGUCUGGAUGGGCGCAGUCGCGAGCCAGGGCAGCGCCGUCAACCCUUUCUACCUGGGUCUUUAUAGCAUGUCAUCGAUCAUAACGGCUGUGAGCCUCGUUGGUGGCUCGUACCACCUACUUAUGUUCUUUGCGCCCCGCAGUGCUGAGAGACUGCACGAGCGUCUCUUAAACUCGGUCAUGCAUGCGCCUCUCUCAUUUUUUACUUCGGUCGAUACUGGCACCACAGUGAAUCGGUUCAGUCAGGACAUGACGCUGGUCGAUCAUGACUUACCAUACGCCGUCCUAGACUUCGUGUUUGCUCUCGCAGGGGGGCUUAUUUCUGCGGUCAUGAUCUGCAUCUCGACCCGGUACUUCGCCGCCGUGAUUCCGCCCCUGUGCCUGUUCCUGUGGAUGCUGCAGAAAUUCUACCUCCGCACCUCCCGGCAGAUGCGGCUGCUGGACCUGGAGGCCAAAUCCCCGCUCUUCUCGCAAUUCCUCGAGACCCUGUCCGGUUUGGUGACCAUCCGUGCGUUCGGGUGGGCGUCCGCCUUCAAAGAACAGAGCCUCACCCUUCUCGACGCGUCCCAGCGACCCUUCUACCUGCUGUUCUGCAUCCAGCGAUGGCUGGAACUCGCGCUGGACCUAUCCGUUGCGGUGCUCAGUGCGGUUCUCAUGGUGCUAGUAGUCAAGCUACGCGCGACGCUGGGCACCGGCUACGUCGGGCUUGCCAUCCUGAACGUUAUCACCUUCAGCCAGUCGCUGUCGCAGAUCCUCCGCAACUGGGCGGACCUGGAGACCUCCAUCGGCGCGAUCGCCCGCAUUCGGGACUUUGUGAGCCACACGCCGUCCGAGGAUCAACCUGACGAGACUGCGGGGCUGGCCGAGCAGGUAGACUGGUCCUCGUGGCCGUCCAGGGGAGCCAUCGAGUUCCAAAACGUCUGCGCAUCGUACACGGCCAGAGACGCAGCCAGCACUCCAGUGCUUCGAGAUUUAUCCCUGUCAGUGCAACCAGGACAAAGCAUUGGCAUCUGCGGCCGCAGCGGGAGCGGCAAGAGCUCUCUUCUGGCGGCCCUGUUCCGACUGCUGGAGCUCGACCCCCGUGGCCGCAUCUUGAUCGACGACGUCGACAUUGCGCGCAUCCCACGGCAGAUGAUCCGCGACGCGCUCAAUGCUAUCCCGCAGGACACGUUCUUCACACACGGCACCAUUCGGGCCAAUCUGGAUCCGGGGGGCCGACAUAGCCAUGCGGAGGUGGAGCGGGCGCUUCGCCGUGUGGGGCUGUGGGCGGCGGUGCAGACGAAGGGGGGAGUCGGAGUCGCCCUGGACGCGAACGCGUUCUCGCACGGCGAGCGACAGCUGCUCUGUCUCGCGCGGGCACUGCUGCGGAAGAGCAAGGUGGUGGUGCUGGACGAGGUGUCGAGUAAUGUGGAUGUCGUGGCGGAUGCGCGGAUGCAGCAGGUGAUCCGGGAGGACUUUGCGGGCUGCACGGUGCUCGCGGUCGCGCACCGGCUCGAGACGAUCCGGGAUUUCGAUCGCAUCGCAGUGAUGCACGAGGGCCAGCUGGUCGAGUUCGAUACGCCCGAGGCACUGCUCAGCACGGAUACUGCGUUUAGGCGGCUGUACCAGUUGUAGAGCUGAGGCAGACGCAAAAAUGGAGUCGUCAUAUACCAUACUUCAAGCCAGAUAGUUGAGGUUCAAUAUUCAGAGAUUAAACCGCACACGUGUUAGUCCUAUUUUCAAUCUCAAGACGG